GUACAGCUAACGGUUACUCCAAGAGCAGAAGGUACUCUAAGGAUAGUCGGUAUAAGAUGGAAGCUGUCAGGCUCUGUGGCAGGAUUUUGUACUUUUGAUUCCGACUUAGUCAGAAAGAAAGUUGUGAAAGGAAACAGGAAAUCUAAACGAUCUACAAUCGACAACCUGAAGUUCUUAGUCAUAAAGAGUCUACCGAAGCUUGAGGGCGUCAUUCAUCACCUCCCCGAAACAGUUUUCGUUGGGGAUUUGCGGUGUAUUACUCUGGAGUUGAAAAAUCCAUCUAAAAUUCCGGUUAAAAAGUUAAAGAUGAAGGUCAGUCCACCAAGAUUUCUCCAAAUUGGACACAAGAAAGAUUUGGAAGUUCAGUUUCCUGCUUGCUUGGAAAGGAAAAAUUCAAGACACAGUUCCUUGAGGUCAAAGACUGAUAAAGUAACAGAUGGCAUUUUUCUGUUUCCUGAGGACACAGCAAUUGCAGAUGGAGCUCCAAUCUCAUGGCCUCUCUGGCUUAGGGCUGCAGCUCCCGGAAAGAUAUCCUUACAUUUAGCAGUAUACUACGAGAUGGGAGACAUAUCAAGUGUUAUGACAUAUCGUACCUUACGCUUGCACUUCAAUAUAGAGGUACUACCAUCUUUGGAUGUUUCUUCCCAAAUCAGUCCUCGUCCAUCUAGACUGCGGGAGUUCCUUGUCCGAAUGGAUAUUGUCAAUAGGUCUAGCUCAAAAGGCUUUCAGGUUCACCAAUUGUCAUCUGUUGGAAAUGAAUGGGAGAUAUCAUUGCUCGAACCAACCAAAGUCCUCCCUUCAGAUUCUCUACUUGCUGGUCAAGCAAUUUCAUGGUUUUUCAAGCUCAAGAAUUGUAGAUCGGUAACUGAUGAAGACUCUGUUUCUUCUCUUCGCCCUCUGGAGAAGGCAGACGUCAAUUUGCUUCGUGGCAGUGAAGUGCUUUUUGAUCUAUACAACUCUCCCUUGUCAGAAUUUCACCAUUAUGAAAGAGUACAUCAGAGAAUGUUGGAUCAGGAGCAUGAAGACACAGUAGACUUUAUAUUGGUAUCUAGAUCACAAAGUGAGGAGAAUCAAUGUGCAAAUAUUUUCUCACAUCACAGUUGUCACUGCAGUGUCAGGACCAGUAGCCCAAUAUGGUGGACAAUGGAUGGCCCCCGAACUGUGAAACAUGACUUUAAGGAACCUUUCUGUGCGAUUACACUAAGAAUAGUUGUCCAUAAUUCCUCUGAUGAUGUUGUGUCCAUUCGCUGUAAUCCCUCUGAUUCUGCAGUCAGCUUCAGCUCAUCAGGCAAUGCAUCUGCAGCUCCUGGAAAUGAAGUAGGCUGGCACGAUUUGUCACUGUCGAAUGACAUCAAAAUCACAUCCGAUGUCCUGGGAGCUCGAGUCGUGAAGCCAACGUCGUCUGACACAGUUCCACCAUUUAUUUGGUCAGCUUCAAGCUCCACUCAUUUUGCACUCGAGCCGUUAUCUUUUAGGGAAAUUCCUGUUGAAAUUUGUGUGUUCUCACCCGGCACAUUUGAUCUAUCAAACUAUUCGUUGCACUGGAGUUUUUCAUCCCCGAGUUAUCAAGGGAACAAUGGAGACAAAUCGAGAGCUUUGUCGGGAACAUGUCAGGGACAUCCAUUCUACAUAACAGUGCUUUAACAAGAUUGAGAGCUCGGGUUAUAGUGUAUUUGAGAAGAGGCAAUCAGCCUGCAAUGAUUUUGUAAGUUGUAAAUUGUGUUCUUGUAUUUACACAGAAAUAGAAACGUCACUAUGGAACAAAAUAAAACAAAAUUUUGACUGAGCAGUAGGAUACAAAUCUAAUUUGUUUCAGCCUCUUGGGACCAAAUACGGGACCAGCUUGUAAUCCACCCAUUUUGUGGUUUAAGAAUUUGGACGAUGAAAAUUUAGUUUCUUCUUCUUCUUCUUCUUUGGAAGAUGGAAAAUUUAGUUUCUUGACACUUGCA